AUGAGGCUGUCGUCUACCCUCGUUGGCCUCUUCAUGCUCGCCCGUCCCAUCUUGGCUAAGGACCCCCCCAAAAUGAUUCCCGGCUGGAAGUGCCGCGACUACGACUUCAAGUGUCUUGAUGGCGCACAGAUUGGUUACUGCAUGGACAAGGGUUGGCACACCAGUGAGGCCCGCGUUGGUCCUUAUGCCAAGAUCUAUCUCGACAGGGUGGGUAUGGUCUACCAUUUUUUCGAUUACUGGGUCUUCCAGAUACUGGAGUGUACGGGAACAGACUGGAGUGUGUUUUGUGUGUUACUAGUGAUAUAUUAA